CGUAGGCAGAAGUUUAUUCCAUCACUGGAGGCUUCAGAAGCACCUGCAGCACUCCGAGCUCAGAGAUUUCAUCUCCUCGCGGACAGCAGCACAAAUCCUCAAUAUGACAGAAUAUAUCAAAAACUGCUGCAGGACAUUUAUGUCCAAGAAAAAUGAACCAGAGAUUCAGAUGAUUAAGGUUCGACCUCCUGGUAAAUUAACUGCUGAGUCUAAUGUGAAGAAGAAUGUUGGAGUAUCAGAGGAUUAUCUGCUGUCUAAACUGCCUCCGGACGGCCGGGAGGUUCCAUUCAUCAUCCCAACCUUCAAACCCUCCUACAUCCAGCCGAGAGGAUCACAGUACUCUGGCUACAACAUUGGGCAACAGAGUGCCACAAGGACCACUUUUGCAGAAAGGAAGGCAGAGCUUGCAGGAACCGGUCAAAUGAUGUAUGACCCUGAUUUGACCUUAAACAGCAGUCAUAUGAUCAGCUACGUGUCACCAGGCUCACUGAGACGCCCCACUCUGAAAAACAGACCCAACAACAGUCCUGGCUCAGGUUUGGAACACAGUGGCAAACAGAGACUCAGUCUCUCCAUGUAUGAUUUGUCAAACCCUCAGAGCCACGUACAGCGUUAUGAUUCUGUAUCCAGUGUCCAGAGCAGCACAUCCUCCAUUCAGGAUUCCUUUGGGAGCAGCCGCAGUCUAGAGUCCAUCACGCUGUCCGGUGAUGAGCGGGAUUUUGAGCCGGGAAAAGUGUGUGUGCACCUGAAGUAUGAAGAGGCGGUGGAGCAGGUGUGGAUCACCUUAGUGAAGUGUAUGGAUUUGAGUGUGUAUAGUGAUGGGGUGGAGGUGCAGAAGAUUGGGGUCAAAGGAGUCCUCACCAUGACCAAGCCAGUGCGAUUUAAGAGUACCGUCAAGGAAGCAUCAGCAGACACUGUCUUCAUGGAGACGUUCGUGUUCACUCUUAACUUAGAGCAGAUACGCAGAUCUGCACUGGUGCUGCGCCUGCAGGCUCACACACCACGGAAGCGUACACUGGGAGAGUGUGUAUUAUCUCUGCGAACACUUGGACCGGAGGCAACAAAGCACUGCCUGGAGUUCAAGCCUUACUCUAAAACACACGUGUGUCAUGCUGAGCUUCAGCUGGCCUUGUGCUUCCAGCCAGUGAACAGUCGAAUGCAACUCCAGAUCCUUAGUGCUCAAAACCUUCCAUCAUCUUCCUCGCCACUUACACAAAGUUUCUUUGUGAAGGUUGAGUUGUUGAGUGAGGCUAGGGUCUUACUGAAGAGGAAGACGAAGGUGAUGAAGUCAUCAGGGGGGCAGAUCCAAUGGGCUGAAGUGCUUCACUUGCCCAUCACCAAUCUGGACCAGAAUCUGCAGCUGGCAGUCAAACUCUACAGCCGUAGCUCUGUUCGGAGAAAACACCUGCUUGGACAGGUCCUCUUGGGUUUUGACAACAGUUCUCCUGAGGCAGUGGAACAAUGGAGGGAUUCCAUGGCUAAUCCUGAAAAAGUGGUGACGUCUUGGCACAGACUUAGUCGACUCUAAAGUGAGAGGAUGAAGAAAAGAGCUUUUUUAGCCCGGUGGAUUUUAAAUGCAACUUUCAAAAAGCUUUUUUAUCUUUGAAUACUUAAGUAUUGUACGGUUAUUUCAAUUAUAGAUAUUGUAGGGUAAAAAAGUGCUUUUAUAAAACUGAUUACAGGUCCAACUGAGUCACACGCCCUCUGCAGAUCCUAGUGUAGCUAAUCAUGUAUUCAGCUGUUUGUAGAUUUAACGUUCUAUGUUCUUCAUUGGUGUAAAUUUGAAAACAUGCAACUGUCUAAAACACAGCACAGGAACAGGAAACGUAGACAUUAUGUGCAAUAAUAUGUAUUAUCCAGAGCUCUACAAAUCCCAGUAUAGCAACUUGGCCAAAUAAAGAGCAGACAGUCAGCUAUUCAGCCUACUUCAUAAAGUAUUAUGUUCAGUAUUUUUCUCUAUCAUCUCCAUACAAUUUCAGUGCUGCUGAGUUGAUGUGAAUCUGUUCUCUGUAGAAACAGAUAUUUGCAUUUUCUGAGCAGUGAUGAAGAUUGUUGCAUUUUCGCUUGCUUUUAGAAGAAGAUAAACCUGUUUUUAAGUACAGUAAAAACUGUGUUGGUGUUGGGGUGAACACUAUCUAAAAAGCUUUUAUUUUUAGAAGUUUAGAAGUAGAAGGGUUUGGGUUACAUCCCUCUUCGUGGAAUUCAAUCCUUCAAAUUGUCCCCUAUUUCCUUUCACAAAUACAAGAAAAAGGGAAAGGCCACUAGAAAGUGCAACAAAGAGACUUUUGUUAACACAUUUCACUUCUCUACAUCCUUUGUGCUACCCUUAAUUCGAGGUGACCUAACUUUCUAGGCCUUGUUAUUUCUUUUUGCACAGGUCACAGUAGCUUGUCUAAAAGUGUUCUUUGUAUUCAUGUUUAAGUACAUUGUGUUAAGUAAUGCUGUAGUCCGGCCGACAUGUGAUAUUAUCUAAGGCAGAUAUUUAAAAAGCUGAUAUUUUGUUCAUAUUGACUGUAUUUUGUAUGCAUACACACAAAGAUUGUUUUAUCCCAGUCGGGCAUCCUGAUGUUAUAGAAAUAAAAAAGAUAACAUUGCUUGUAAAAGAAUCCACUGUGUUAAAUUUUAAUGGGAUUUUAUGUGUAUGUUCAUAAAAGACACUUUCAUUUACGUUUUAUAUGAUUUGACAACUGUACUACGGCUUGAUAACAGUAUAUAGUGAUUUAUUACCACCAUUCUCCAAACCCAGAGGAAACACUAUAAACAGACAAAGGAUGUUUGUGUGGGUCUGAAUGUUUGUGCUCCUUAACCCCUCUGAUUGUGCUGCUCUUUUAAAGGCCUACAUCCGGGUGUGAUUUAAUUUACGUCAGAACUUUCGGGAUCGCUGUUUGAACAGUGUUAAUGAUCAUUUCUGAUGACACACCCCCAGCUGCAGCAAAUCCCACUAAACCAGCUGAUCUUUGUGUGUGAAAGUAUUUGUGUAAUGUAUCGUUUCCAUAGCAACCAUACAAUCAAAUACUAAAAAUGGUCAUAAAAGACAAU